UAUCAUCACGUGAUAAUAACAAACAUGGCCGACGUUCCAGACGAGUGUCUUGAAAGCUACGAUUAUUUCUUUAGACCUGAUUUGUURGCUGGCAAAGUCGCAUUUGUGACUGGUGGAGGAUCUGGCAUUGGGUUCACYAUUGCAGAAAUUCUUAUGAGACAUGGUUGUGUAACAGUGAUUGCAAGCAGGAAUUUCUCAAGAGUGCAAAAGGCUGCACGGAAGCUAGAAGAGGGAACUUCUCAAAAAUGUCUUCCAAUUCAAAUGGAUGUGAGAAAGGUGGAGCAAGUAGAGGCAGCAGUGAAGUUGAUUUUAGAGAAGUUUAAAAAGAUUGAUAUUCUUGUCAAUAACGCAGCUGGAAAUUUCCUUUGUCCUGCUGAAAAGCUUUCCUAUAAUGGCUUGAAGACAGUAUUUGAAAUUGAUACUUUUGGCUGUUUUAAUGUCAGCAAAGCAGUKUACUUAUCCUGGUUUAAGGAACAUGGUGGAAGCAUUAUAAAUAUAACAGCAACUCUUUCUUUGGCAGCUCCUGCGCCCUUCCAGUGUCAUGCAGGUCCAGCAAAGGCUGCAAUAGAGGCCAUGUCUCGCCAUCUUGCCAUUGAAUGGGGUUCUCAUGGCGUAAGGGUAAACUGUGUUGCCCCAGGUGGCAUCAAAGACACUGUUGGAUAUGCAAAACUGGGUGGUAAACAUGUGGAUUUAAGUCAAUCUAUUCCACUGCAAAGAAUUGGAACACGGCGUGAUGUUGCWGAUACUGUGGUAUAUCUUGCAAGUGAUGCAUCUAGCUAUGUAACUGGUGUGAGUCUAAUUGUAGAUGGGGGAGCAAUACUUUCUAAUGGACCAUUCCUGGAGAAAGCCAAUUUAGCUUUGAGCAAAUUAUAAACUUAGACUUUGCUAUAACAUGUCUACGGGGACAGAUCCAGGGGGRGACAUCUAUAAACUAGAUGAUUCUUAUAAUUAUAAUUUUGCUAUUAAACUGUCCCUGAAGGAAAUCCUGAAUCUUCCUUAUUAUUAUUAUAUAUUGAAAUUUCAAUAAGCCAAAUCAAAAGAAUGUCAUU